CCUAGAGAUGAUUUCCACAGACAAAAUUAGCGCCAAUCUUCCAAUGUCCACCUUGUAGCUGAUGGCCUCUCUUCAUAGCGCGUUUGUGCUAUCCCCUUCCUCUUCUUAUACUUCAUGCCAUCGCCAUCUUUCCAAAUCUUUCGUUUCACCCAGAAGAUACCCUCCAGAGUCUCCUUUUCUUCUACGUUUUCAUCCCGUCCUCUUUCACUCGGAGAUGCUUCCUCCAGUCGUUUUUCCUCUCUCCUGCGUGAGUUCUCAAAGGACGUUGUUGGAGUCAAGUCCGUCCAUGCUCAGAUUGUUGUCAAUGGCAUUUACAAUGAGCAACGUUUGGCUACUGAACUUGUCAGGGUGUAUCGUGAUUUGGGUUGCCUUGUAUAUGCGCGCAACGUGUUCGAUCGAAUUCCGCACCCGGAAGCGUCUCUAUGCGCCGCUUUGCUUGUUGGGUAUCUGAGACGUGAGCUGUACGAUGAGGCCCUUGCAUUUUUCGAGCUGAUGAGGUCCCGUGAUUUGGAGAUCGAUGACCGAGCUUGCAAUUUCGCAUUGAAGGCUUGCUCGAUGGUGUCUGAUUACGAAAGGGGCAUGGAUAUAAUAACCAUUGCCGUCAACAAGGGAAUUCAGAGAAAUCAGUUUCUCGCGAGUUCGAUGGUAAAUUUUCUGAUGAAGUUUGGGAAGGUAAAAGAAGCAAGAAUGAUUUUUGAUGGUCUCCCUGAGAGAGAUGUUGUCUGUUGGAAUUCAAUGAUUGGCGGGUAUGUGCAGGCAAGACAGUUUAAUGAUGUUUUCAUUUUGUUCUUCGAGAUGUGUAAACAUGGUGUUAGGCCUACUCCCGUGACAAUGACAAGCAUAGUUCAAGCCUGCGAGGGAGUUGGUAAUUUGGAUCUAGGCAAAUCGGUUCAUGGGUUUGUACUGUGCUUGGAGAUGGGCGGCGAUGUUUUGGUUGUCACAUCCCUGGUCAAUAUGUAUGCUAAGUUGGGUGAUGUUGUGAAUGCCCGUCGAUUUUUUGACGGUAUGACAAUGAGAAAUUUGGUGUCUUGGAAUGCCAUGAUCUCUGGAUAUGUCCAAAAUGGUUUUGUGAAUGAAGCUUUUGAACUUUUCUCUCAACUACGUAAUAAUCAUUGCAGGUUUGAUUCAGGGACCGUGGUCAGCCUUCUCCAUGGUUGUGUUUUAACUGCAAAUUUCGAAAGUGGAAAGAUGCUCCACGGUUUUAUUUAUAGAGCUGGUCUUGAGUUGGAUGUCAUUUUGUGCACUGCUCUUGUGGACCUGUACUCAAAAUGCGACGCCCUGAGUCUGGCCUUGUCAGUCUUUAGUAGCACAUCUAAUAAGAACGUGAUAACAUGGACGGCAAUGCUUGUUGGGUUAGCACAGAAUGGGUGUGCCGAGGAAGCCUUGAGAUUAUUUUCUGAUAUGCAAGAGGAGGGAGUUGCCGCCAAUUCCAUUACUCUGGUUAGCUUAGUCCAUUGCUGUGCCCACUUGGGAUAUUUAAAGAAGGGGAAGAGCAUCCAUGCACACCUAUUACGUGAUGGCUAUGAUUUGAGUGUUGUGAACAUGACGGCACUUAUUGAUAUGUAUGCUAAAUGUGGAAAGCUUGAAUAUGCAGAUAGAGUAAUUCGUUACUCAACUGUGAGUGAAAAAGACGUCGUAUUAUGGAAUUCCUUAAUAGGUAGUUAUGGUAUGCAUGGUUUCGGAGAUCGAGCUCUUGCUGCCUUUCACCAAAUGAAAGAGGAAGGAGUCUCGCCUAACGAAAGCACUUUUGUGUCUCUUCUAACUGCUUGCAAUCACUCGGGCCUGGUGGAAGAGGGAGUUGCACUAUUUCGCAGCAUGCAGAAAGAGCACAACAUUAGACAAAAUGAGAAGCUCUAUGCAUGUUUUGUGGACCUUCUUAGUCGAGCAGGCCGUCUUGAAGAAGCAGAGGCUUUGGUUGAAGAAAUGCCUUUCAAAUCAAGCAGUUCUUCUCUUGAAGCUCUGCUAAAUGGGUGUCAGAUUCACAAGAAGGUCAAUUUAGGUGUAAAGACCGCAGACAAAUUGCUAUGUCUUGGUGUUGCCAAUCCGGGUGUUUAUGUAGUGCUUUCAAAUAUAUAUGCUGUAGCAAGACAAUGGGAUAAGGUAGAUCAUGUUAGACGACUUAUGAGGCAGUGUGGGUUGAAAAAAACCCCUGGAUACAGUUUGAUAGAAAUUGGUAACCGGUUGCACACAUUUUUGGCUGGAGAUAGUUCACAUCCAAAACAGUUGGAGAUAGAUGAGAUCGUGGGCAAUUUGAAAACAGAAGUUGAGGCUUCUGGUCAUGUUCCUGAUACUAGUUGUAUUCUUCGAGAUGUAGAUGAAUCAAUAAAGGUUAAGUUGCUUUGGGGUCACAGUGAAAGAUUAGCUAUUGCAUUUGGGCUCUUAAGUACACCAGCCGGAAGCUUGAUUCGGAUCAUCAAGAACUUGCGUGUAUGCAACGAUUGUCAUAAUGUAACAAAAUACAUUUCAAAAAUAGUUCAGAGAGAGAUUGUUGUACGGGAUGCUAAUCGUUUUCAUCACUUCAAGAACGGGAAAUGUUCCUGUAAUGACUACUGGUGAAUGCCCUGCUAAUGACAUGAAUGGUAGAGACCCUGUUUGGCUUAGUAGCAUCUGUUCCCUUUUUGGACGUCCGCUCUUCAAUAAGCACUAAGUACAAGACUUGUCUUUGCUUGCUUCCUCAGGUCACGGAAUCAAAAUGAAGAUGAUGAUUUUGUGGAGAAUCAUUGGAACUUUGGGAUGGUCUUUGGUUCUACCUCUCUUUAUGGAGAUUAACAUUACAGGGACACCACAUGCUAUAGAGAAAAUCAAUGCCAAGCCCGGGCUCAUGGGGAUAG